AUCCCAAACCUCGCCGGCGUCCGUUGAAAUCUCACGCGCUGAAAUGUAGAAAGUGUGCAAAACAGAACCACGCCACGCUACACCGCACCCGUCUGACCGUCUCCUCCCGGACUCCGUCCGUCCGCCUGCCCGCCGCCCUACGGAAACAACCGCCGUGCCCCCCCCACCCCCUUCCCGUCCGCGCAACGCAACCCCAACAAGCUGACCCGAUUGAACGGACGGAAGAGGAGUAGGCGGCCGCGGCGUCUUCUGUCGUCUCCCGACUCCCGAGCGCUCCCGGGACCAGUCCAGCGGCCCCCAUCGGACGAUGCAGGGCGGCGUCUCCGGAUUCCAGAACGCGCCGGUGACGCGGGCGGUCGCCCUUACCAGCGGCCUCCUCUCCGUCGUCUUCAGCGCGCAGCGCCGCACCCGCGCCCUCGGCAUCUCCUACCAGGACAUUAUAAAAAAUUUCCGUUUAUGGAAGAUUUUCUCAUCUGUAUUUGUGUUUCAGUCAACACCGGAGUUAAUGUUUGGACUGUACCUUCUGUAUUACUUCCGUGUAUUUGAGAGGCAGAUAGGUUCUAACAAAUACUCGGUUUUUUGUUUGUUUACUAUCACAGUGUCAUCACUUCUCGAGAUCCUAUCAUUGGUUCUCCUGAAAGAUACAAGCUACAUCAGUGCGCUUGCAUCAGGACCUUAUGGUCUCAUAUCUGCCUCAUUUGUUCCGUUCUUUCUUGACAUUCCUGUCACAUCACGAUUCCGUAUUUUUGGCAUUAAUUUCAGCGACAAAUCAUUCAUAUACCUAGCUGGUCUUCAGCUUCUUUUAUCUUCUUGGAAGCGCUCCCUUAUUCCUGGUAUAUUUGGUCUGAUUGCUGGUUCUCUCUAUCGUCUAAAUGUGUUCGGUGUCCGCAAGAUGAAGCUUCCACAGAUUAUUGCAUCGUUUUUUGCAAGAUACUUUGCACCUCUGUCAGGAGGUACAUCUCGGCCUUCCAGGAGUCUUGUUGGAAACAUGCCUUCUCAAACAGCCCAUGCUAUUCAGAAUCAGUCGUCUACUGGAUUUGCUCCCAUCAUGGAACCUCCAGAGUCCUCGGUUGCUAUGCUGGUUUCAAUGGGCUUUGAUGGCAAUGAUGCAAGACAAGCACUCAUGCGAGCCAGAAAUGACAUCAAUAUGGCGACGAACAUCCUACUGGAAGCACAGUCUCGUUGAGCUAUAAUUUGCUGCUACUUCGCUGGCAAACCAUCGAGAGCAGAGCUGGUUGUAUUCCAAGAUGAACGGACACUUUGACGCGCAUUUGGACAACAGAUCGGUGGAUUAAUGGUGCUCUCUUAGUUUAUUCACUUGUUUCUACCAUGAUUUGUAGUUGUUCAACAUCCUUCGUCCAAGGUGACAGCUUAGGAAAUCAGCAAAAGUUCGCAGCAGUUAUUUUGAUUUUGAUCAUGUCAAUACUUAGAUUGAUCCCACCUUAUAGACAAAAAAAUGUAUCAUUCCAAAUUCAGCUUGUAGGAUAGAUGAUAUAUAAACUUGGCAUUUACAGUGUAAAAUUCAUCAGGAAUUUGCAGCUUGGAGAUGAUUCCAGCGAGAUACAUGAAACAGGCUGAAUUGCUUUGUAUUUUCA